AUGCCAAAAUCAAGGGGAUCGUCAGAAAUGCCUCAAAGGCAAUCGCCACGAGGCUCGCACACGCUAAGAACAUCAUCCACCUCCGACUCCGCGGGCGCCACCACAGACCGUAGCCCCAAAGUCUCCGACCACCGUCGCUCCCCUCGCGGCGGGCCACAUUCUGAUCCACCAGUGCAGCAGAAGAAGCUCGGCACGCGAAUUGCCGAUCUCGAGUCACAACUGGGACAAGCUCAGCAAGAGCUCAAGAGUCUGAAAGAACAACUGGCGUCGGCGGAAGCUGCCAAGAAUGAAGCACAGAAGGAGCUCGAGAGCAAGUCCAGUAAGAAACCAACCCAGCCCAAUCCACAACCGGAUGAGGUAGCAGGAGAAGAAGAAGAAGAAGCAGUUCUUGCGCCGGAGGAUAAUGAUCGGGAGGAAACCGACGUGUUUGAAGUUCCUGCAGUGGAAAUCAAGAAGGACGCACCAAAUCCUCCUUCCCCUGAAGUAGAGAUGGCUCUGAAGAAGCAUGAGGAGGAGAUGAAGGAGCUUCGAGCGAAGCAGGAGGAGAUGGAGAAGGAGCUGCUGGUUUCGAAUCAGGAGAAGGAAGAGCUGAGAAAGCAGCUCAAUGAAGCGGCUGCAAGGAUUGAAUGUAGCAAGGCGAAGGAAGAGGAAACGCGAUCAAGGUUGAGUCAAUUGGAGGAAGAGGUCGAGGCGAGCAGAGGGAAUGCAGCGGAGUUGGAGUGCCAGCUGGAGGCGGUGAAGGAAGGAAAGGAAAUGUUGGAAUGUGAGAUGAAGAGGAUGAGAGUUCAGACGGAGCAGUGGAGGAAAGCAGCAGAUGCUGCAGCAGCAGUGCUAGCUGGUGGAAAUGGGAGGUUUGUAUCUGAUCAGAGGUGUGCUUCCAUGGAGAAGCCGUUCGGUGGUGGGAGCAUGUUCGAGACCCCGGCUGGCGGGUAUGGUGCCGGCUACGCUGGUUCCCCUGGGUUUGGUGAUGAUAUGGAUGAAGGGUAUGGAAGUGGCGGGAAGCAGAGGAAGGGAUCUUCAGGGAUCAAGAUGUUUGGUGACCUGUGGAAAAGGAAGACCCAGAAGUGA